AUGUACCUCUUUAAGAGAAUCUCGAAGUUCUACACUGCCAUAGAAACCGCCGAGUUGGCUGUCAAUUUGAUCAACAAGGACAUCUUCUGGUGUUUCUGUGAUUGGCUUCACUUGCCCAAAGCGCUUACUUUGUGA